UUUUAAUUUUUGCUUUGCAUCUCAGCAUGUCUGGGACACCUGUGGAAGUGGAUAUUACAGCAUCGCCUUUGUCAAGAGCCCAUACUCAUUAAUUCCUUUAUGCGGUCUACAAUUUUACGCAUCAACAUAGUAUUUUACUGGAGAAAUCCAAAACACCUUCAAACAGGCUCCCUUUUGGACAUGAGCACCACCUUUCAGUAUACAAAUCAGCAUUAGGAAUAAAGUUCAACUAUAGAGUACCAAUAUCAAUUUUAUCUAAUUAGCAAUACAUAAUUAAAUUCUCUACUUGCAGCCUAGUACAAUGUGUAGUUACCUUCAUAUAGUGAAUUAUGUCACGUUUAACUAUGUAGUUCUAAUAUCCACAAUAUUGAAUAUUUCUGGGUGGGUCUCAGCAACUAUCACGUUUUCGAAGAAGCAAUGACGCACGUCAGGAUACAGUAGAUCAUUUUUGGCCGUAGUUAGGUGUCCAUAGUACUGCCUAUUUUUAUUGCGCGUUAGUUCUUUGGAAACUCUUCAAAAUAUUUACCUAGGGUUUUAAAAAGCGUUUACAAAUAUCAUAUAUUACUUUGUGCCGCGAAAUACGUUUAUACUAAAAAUUCAAAGUCGUUAAUAAGGCGGGGUUCUGGUCAUGAGGCAAUUGCGUCAUGAAGGACCUAAGCCUGCGACAUGGAGGGAGAAGAAAAGGCUGACGAUGAUUAUCCACCCUGCUCCGUCAGCACACUGCCUGUCUCUAAGCCCCCUUCCAUCGAAGAUUUCGUUGUGAUAAAGCCGAUCAGCCGAGGGGCUUUUGGAAAAGUGUAUCUAGCGAGAAAAAAGGGCAACUCAACAUUAUAUGCCAUCAAGGUAGUGAAGAAGGCAGACAUGGUGGACAAAAACAUGACCGAUCAAAUGAAGGCAGAGAGGGACGCCCUGGCUCUUAGCAAAAGUCCGUUUAUAGUGCACCUGUUUUACUCUCUUCAAACGGCUACUAAAGUCUACCUGGUGAUGGAGUACCUCAUCGGUGGUGAUGUCAAGUCUCUUCUUCACAUCUAUGGUUAUUUUGAUGAAGACAUGUCAGUGAAGUACAUCUCGGAGGUGGCUCUUGCUUUGGACUAUCUUCACAGGCAUAAAAUCAUCCACAGAGACUUGAAACCAGACAACAUGCUUGUGUCCAACGAGGGACAUAUCAAGCUUACGGACUUCGGCCUCUCCAAAGUCAAGCUUGAUAGAGAGCUGAGACCGGCAGACAUCCUGACGACACCUUCGUUAGUGAAGCCCAAGAAAGAUUAUUCCCGUACUCCCGGUCAAGUCUACUCCCUGAUUAGCUCCCUUGGCCUUAACACGCCAGGGAUGGAGGCCAAUUGUCGCAGGACCUCCUUUGGCAUGUCCAGCCCCAUGUCUUGUGGUAAGACACAGCAGUUCAGGAGGUCCUUCUACUCACCUGUGUUGAAGAAAGCACCUCUGGACUCCCCAGCUUGCUCAGCCCGGACACAGCACGGCUCCCGUGUGUUUAGUCCAGCCAUUCUGGCUAAGAGUUUGACUCCACGGCUUCUAAAGUCUAGGAAGCGGUUUGGGACGUCGAGUGCCAGCAGUCAAUCCUGCCUCUUCCCAUCCACCACGGAUUCAGAGGCCUGCGUCAGCCCACUGUGGGAGAAUGAGCAGGAAAUCAAGGAUGUGGAGAACCUGCUGGAGAGUGAUGUAUUUGACAAAGGUGGCAGACCGGCGAUCUUGACCAGUUUGCUGGGAAGGAGGAUGGCCAGUGACUUUCACAGGCCGGGUCGAGAUCCAGCGCUCUGUGCUCUGGACAACAUUGACAUGAAUUUGUGUCAAAGGGGACAGCCGGCACCUGUGUCUCCAAAACCGGAAAACAGUGCCAAGCUGGAGCCUUUGGCGGCAAGGAAGCUGUCGUCAUUAGUGAAACUGAUAGGCGAGAGAGCUUCUCCCACAGCCAGGGAAAAAGGAACGCUGGGAGUCCUGGAGAAAGCCGUGGGCAAAGCGUCCAUGAAAAGAAGGUUCGAGCAGUUGGAAAAGAGUCCUGAUCAGUACGAGGCACGAGCUAAGAAGAGCGACGACUCAUACAAGCGCUGUUUUCAGAUCCCGAAGAGCAGCAGCUUCAGCACCGGCCUGACAGCGGUGUUUGCCACCGUUCAGGUCAGCGCGUCUCCAGCGGAUGUGGAGUCAAAGCAGUCUGGACCAGCUUUCAUGGUGAAGAACCUGUUGCACGAGCUGGACGGGCCGUGCGAGGGUGGUGGUUGCAGCACCGGCGGUGAAGUGACUGCAGACUCCAGUUUUACAUUCAUUGAGAAUGAUCGUGAGGACAUGGGUCCAAUAAGGAAUUUGAGCCUAGACUCUGAUGACUCCCUUCAGGACAUGUCCAUCAUUCCUGACAACGCGCAAGUCGCGGAGCUGGAUGGCGCGAAGGAGUUGUCUGAGCAGGCUGAGGAGAAGGAUAUCUUUUUGAGCUUGCAGGACUGCUGCACCUCAUCAGGGGUGGUGACCCCCAGGCAGCAUAGAGAAGAGCGGUCCAGGGAUCUCCUGCCUGUGGAAUCCAGCAACUCUUCACCAUUCCUCAAACCCCGGAAUGUGGUGGCCUUCAGGAGCUACUGCAGCGCCAUCGACCGGUCCACCGCAUCAGGCUGCUCGCGCCGGAGCAUGGGCUCUGUCGACAUGAUGGACGUCUCCAGUUCUGCCUCCUUCUAUAGUUUCCCUGCGGCGGUAACCCCGGUACAAAAGAGACGGGGCCCCAGUUCCCGCAGCUCGCCGUACCAGACGCCACAGCAGACGACCAGUCACACCCCUUUUAGGACCCCAAAGAGUGUCCGCAGAGGGCCUGAACCUGUAGAGGGGGGCCCGCUCCUAGGGACCCCUGACUAUCUGGCCCCGGAGCUACUUUUGGGAAAACCUCACGACUUCAUGGUGGACUGGUGGGCCCUAGGAGUGUGCCUAUUCGAAUUCCUUACCGGGGUGCCCCCAUUCAAUGACGAAACUCCACAGCUGGUGUUCCAGAACAUUCUUAACAGGGACAUUCCCUGGCCGGAUGGUGACGAGGCGCUGUCACAGAACUCGAGGAGCGCCAUAGAAAGUCUCCUGACGACAGACGUCACCAAACGGGCCGGCCUUAAAGAGCUGAAACAGCACACACUGUUGAAAGGCCUGGACUGGGACAACCUGCCGAACCAGCCCAUGCCGUUUAUACCUCAGCCGGACGACGAAACAGACACCUCUUACUUCGAGGCAAGGAACAACGCACAGCAUCUGUUCAUGUCCGAGUUUAGCCUGUAGGGGAAGCCACCCCUGCUCACCACCUGCCCUCCUUGUUUGGUGGCUGGUGGGGGGCGGGGCGGGGGGCAGCUCAAUGGAAUGUGUUGAGUCAGUUAGGAUAUAUCUGUACCUAUAGUUUAAAUCACUAAAUAUGCAAAAAUACAGAAUGAAGGUGUUCAUCAACGCUCAGGAAUCACUGCUGCUCCUCUGUUAUGAAAAGAUGCUCGCUCUACACUAGGGAUGCCUGAGACUGACCCAGGUCUACGCAAGCUAGGCAGGUCACUAAGUGGUUGGUUUUGUCUAAAACUCUUAAAUCAUUAACUAUUUCUGUGGGUCUUCAUUAUGCAUGUUCGGUCUGUUGGUUGCUUCAUGUUUUAAACAUUUUGUGGGGUUUAUGGCUUAGCCCGUGCUGAUGUGGUUUUAGACUGAUUUAUCGCUGGUCAGGCAUGCGGCUUCUUUUGAAGCAAUAAUGUCUUUUAUUUAUUUUCUCUUAAUUUUAUUGUAACACAUGGCUGCUGCGUCUUUAUAAAUUCACUGUAAGCCUCUUAAUGGCAUAAUUCAGUUCUCAUUUUAUUGCAGAAAAUGAAUAAAAGGUAUGUAGCAUUUAGGAACCUGUUUUUCCCACAUUUAACGAAAACAGCAUCUAACCAGACUCACUGAGUACUUGGAAGUGAAUGUUAUGAAAUCCGAUAAAAAAUAUCCAGCAUCCCCCUGCAACUCAUAUAGGAAUUAUUGUGAAUUAUAAGUAAACAAAUGUAAAAUCAGACAUCUAGGACAUCUGGUUAACUGAAAGCGAGGGAUGCGUGUGGCAUGUUCUGGUGUAAUGGCCCCUGAAGAUGAAGCUCAAGGAAAUGAAUGGAAAACUAGCUGACAAACCCCCAUUCCCACCGAACAGACUGGUGCAUGGAGCACCAUUCUUCAUGGAGAGGUGUCAACAGGCUCGGACCUGAGAGGCUAUUGGCUGAGCUGUUAGGACACCUGGGCGCUACAGUUCACUGAUUCCAAUCACAGUGGGUUGUGUAGCCCUGCUGCCCAUCAUUACUAAUUCAUUAAUUGGCUGAUUUUCUCCAAUAAGGAAUCACAGUGCACAGAUGAUUGGUUAAGUAAUCACUUUUGUAUUUGACACACUUUACUCACUUGUUAGAUUUCCAGUCUUGGGAGAAAAUGGCCAACUUCCCUUGAUGACUAAUACUGACCACAUAAUACUUUGUGUGUGUGAUACAGAUUUAUUGGGUGCCUGCUAUUUUUUUUUUUCCAUGUGCAUACCAUUAUCAGAAUUCCAUAUUAAUGUUUUAUUUAUGUAUUUUAGGAUUUUUUUUUUUUAAAUGAAAGGUGAAUUGUGACUGAUGGACAAAAAGGCUCUCAGUUGAAGCGUAAUGAACAAACGUACAUAGAGCAGUAAUUUUAUAAACUGCUUUUUCUUGAUAUUCGGCCUUGUAGUACAUUCAUGUUGUAAAUUGUGUGUGAAGUUGGUAUUUUCUAACCUGUCAUUUUAAAACGUGUUUAACCCUGCUGUUCAAAUUUAUUAAAACCUUUAAUUAAAACUUUUGAAUUAUAAAA